AUGGAGUCCGAGCUGGAAGCGCGGGCGAGCGGGCCCCUGCUCAGCCCAGCAGAACUACUGGCAGCUCGCACACGUGAUCGCAAGAUUCCUCAACGAUCCCAAGGCCAGAAAGAUUUUAUCCCUGACGGCUCAGAAGAACAAGAGGAGAAGCUGUGCCGGUGCCGGAAUGAACACUGGCAGCUCUUGCAGGAGGAGCGUGUGGAGCGAUUGGGAAGUCUGGUGAAAGCUGAGUGGAAGCCACAGGAGGGUAUUGUAGAGCUAAAAUCCCCUGCUGGGAAAUUCUGGCACACUAUGGGGUACGCAGAGCACGGAAAGCAAUGUUUGCUGCCGGAGGAAGCCCUGUAUCUCCUGGAAUGUGGCUCUAUUCAGCUUUUUUACAGAGACUUGCCCUUGUCAGUCCAGGAAGCCUAUGAGAAUCUGCUGUCCCAGAUGUCAGUGAGUCUGCUGAAGUACCAGGUAUUCAGCCACUUGAAGAGGCUUGGUUACAUUGUGCUUAGAUUCCAUUCCAGCACUACUUCAACAUUUUAUGAGAGGCAGCUGAACCUGGGAAGUCACUGUCCAAAUGCAGACAGACACCAUCACAAGAGGAAAAGGAAUUCCAGCCCUCGGUUGCCUGACAAGAAACCCAAAACCUCUGAGAGAACUCAGGAGUGCAAGCAGCCACCCAAAAAGGCUGGGAGGCAUCAUGAGAGUUCCAGCAACCCAAAAUCCGAUGGAGGAAGUUUAUCUGGGGAGAUGGUAAAGGAAUCUGAUAUUGGAGUUGCGACUGUGGAGACCGUCCCGUCUUCCAGUGACGCAGCACAGCGUUAUCGGUCUCCUCUAGUUUGUGUUGGAGACUACCAUGAGAGAUCUUCCAUGACAUCUUGGGAAAGUCAGGGUAACACUUGUCCAUCUCGCUGGGAUUUUGCCACCAUUUCUUUCCCCAACAUGGGGGCUGAUUGCCCACAAACCCUCCUGCCACAGCCCGAUGAAAGACUCCUCCCAGAGAGUGUCACUGCGCGGGAAGUUGACACAACCAGGUGGCGCAGGAAGCUCAACCAGAAGCAUGAGAGAUUGUCUCACAAGGAGCGGGAGCAUCUCGAGUGGGAGAGGAAGUACAAGAGCAGUAUCAACGAGGAUAAGGAGGUCAGGCAGUGCUCCACCUGGCAGGAGUACAAGGCUCUCCUAAAAGAGAGGAGACAACAGAAGGAGAAGAGAUUCCCAGCAAACCUCUGGCUGCAGGCGGUCACCCCACUUCUGAAGCCAGAUCAGGGUCUUCCAACAGCUGAUGUCCUCCAGCAGAUCAGUGUACUCCAGCCCUCCCACAUCCUGGAUGGAGCAUCCCAGCUACAGGACGAUUCCAGAGGCAUGAAGAUAGAUUUUGACGUGUAUCCAGCAGAAACAGCUUCUAGCUUUAAGAAGAAUAAACCUGGGAAGCCUUUUGUCCGGAUGUGUGUUCGGAGCUUUGAUGAACAGAUCCCAACCCUGAGAGCAAUGAAACAGCUUGCUUAUCAAAGCGGAGAUGUCCCAGUGGUCUUUGCACUAGUAGACAACGGAGACGUCGCUUUCUAUUCUUUUAAAGAGUUCAAGCUGCCUGUUGAUGUAUACCCCUGAUUGUUACUACUGUCACCUGGAUAAACAUCUUUGGGACUGGGCUGUCUUUUGUGCAUAUGUAUGAAAUGUACUCAGGGCUUUGCUCAGCUUGAUACCGCAUAGAAGCUCUGACUACCAAUAAUGUGCCAUCAAUGGAUACACAAGAAAACUGCUCAUUUGUAAAAGCAAAGGGCAAUGCAAACAUGUUCUUCCUUUAUUGCAUCACCUCAAU